UACAUUUUUACAGAGGAGCGUGAUUCUUUGGAAAACCCGGUGCAAUAAUUGUUGGGUUUUAUUGCCAUCGUUUGCAAAAACAACGCCAGAUUUCAACAUGGUUACAGUGGAACAACUUUACAAGGACUAUGGGGUGCUUGCUGAUGCAGGUGAUAAAGCUGGAGAGCACCAGGAUGAGUAUCGUUCAAUACUGAGUGCCAUAACGGCAGGCACUAGUGAGAAGAAACUAGCGGCCCAGUUCAUCCCUCGAUUCUUUAAGUUCUUUAGUGAUCUGGAAGACACUGCAAUCAAUGCACAGCUAGAUCUAUGCGAAGAUGACGAUUGUAUGAUUAGGAGAUCAGCGAUCAAAGAGUUGCCAAACCUUUGCAAGGAGAAUACAAACCAUUUGUUGCGAAUCGCUGACGUCUUGACUCAGCUUCUUCAGUCUGAUGACCCACAGGAGGUCAACAUUGUCAACAUUUCCCUCAUGUCACUCUUCAAAAUUGACAUGAAAGGCACUCUGGGCGGACUCUUUAGUCAAAUUCUCUCCGGUGAGGACCUAGUGAGAGAGAGAGCCAUUAAGUUCUUGAACUCUCGACUGAAGUUGGGAUCCUCAGACCCUCUGCCCAAGGAGGUUGAAGAGUUCAUCAUUGAAAAGACCAAAGAGGUAUUAGCUGAUGUAACGGGUGAGGAAUUUGUCCUUUUCAUGCAACUGCUUUCUAAAAUGUCUGCCAUGCAGACGGAGACAGGCAGACAGCAGAUGGUGGACCUUGUAGCUGAGCAAGCAGAUAUAAAGUCGCCAUUCCAGCCUGAAGAUCCAGACAGCGUCGAUAGAUUAAUCCAAUGUGUCCGAGAAGCUCUGCAUUUCUUUUCACUAACUGUUGCCUCCACCAAGUUCAUGGUGUACAUGUGCAACAACGUCCUGCCUGUUUUAUCGGACAUCGUGGUGCCAGGGAGCGAGAGCAAGAAAGACGAGGAAGAGAAGAGUAAACCGGUUCUAGAGUACGACAUCAAACUAGAGGUGUUGCGUCAACUUGCGGAUAUGUCAACAUUUACUCUUGAAUUAGGAAGCGAUGAUGGACUUAAAAACGUCUUCAGCAAACUGGUGGAAUAUAUGCCACUACCCCCUGCGGAUCCAGAGGGCGAGGACACAGAGAAUGGAAAAGCCACUGAUGAACCGAAGCUUCAGUUCUCGUACGUAGAAUGCCUCAUGUACACAUUCUACCAAUUGGCUAAAAAGCAGCCGGAUUUCCUCGUCGCUGAGGAGAACGCAGACAGGCUGAAAGACUUCAAAGUCAGAUUACAGUAUUUCGCAAGAGGAACGCAGUUGUACGUGAAACAGUUAAGAAUCGCACUGCAGGGUAAAGUUGGCGACGAAAUGAAAAAAGAGGAAAAUAAACUGAAAGUUGUGGCGCUACGAGUCACCAACAACAUAAAUACACUUAUUAAGGACCUAUUUCGGAACCCUCCGUCCUACAAAAGCUCGAUUGUUCUUUCCUGGAAACCAAUACAGAAACAACCUACGAGUCCCGAGCCUUCACCCUUAGGGCAGAAGCGAUCGAACAUCACACCAAUCACGUUUACCAACGACCCAACCCCAGCAAAGAAAUCAAACGUAGGUGCCCAGAAGAAAGCUCACACACCCAGGGCCAUGUAUCAACCCCCCUCAGGGAAAUACAGCAAUAAGGCUGGUGCUGCACCAAGUGACCCAGAAUAUGGGGCUGGCUAUGGUGGUGCCGGGCGUGGACAGCGAGGAAAUCAGUGGAGAGGUGGGCGGGGCAGAGGGCGGGGUCGAAACAGCGGCGGCAAGUGGCGCUAUUGAUGACUUGUGUACAAACAUUUAGGGAGUGGCUUGGGGGCGUGUCCUUGGUAGUAAAUAAAGGAGGCGUUUUAAAGGACGUUGUUUACAGAGAAUGCAGUUUGAGAAAAUCUUACACCUACAAAAAAAAACUACGAAAUUGAGAAAGGAUAUAAAUAAUUAGGGUGGCUCUGUUUUUCAUGUGAUUUAAAGAUAGGAUCCUAGAUUUCCCCGGUAAAGGGCAUCUCUACGAAGUAAAUGGUAAUUUACACUGGCUGUUUUGAGGGGCACCAAGGCAAUGCCCUGGGGGCAUAGGGGCAGUUGCUGCGACAUGAUGUACUGAGGUCUUUGCUGAGCUGUACAAAUGCACUAUAAUCUUUUUAGAGUUUACAGAUAGUGGUGUUGUUGGACACGACUUUAAAGUGUAAAGUUGGUAAAGUAUUCAAAAGCAGUUUUUUGGUAAAAUAACUCUCUCUGUUUUUUUUUGUUUUUUUCUUUACGUAACUUUAUUCAUUUUACUGCCACAGCCGGUUUUAUAUGGGAUCUUGUUCCCUCAGAGUGUGUCCCCAUACAGAACAUUGGCAGGAGUAACUUUAGCCAAAAGAGGGCGCUAUACAUUUUGUUGGCGUAUAAUCUAUGUUUGUGAAAUGCUCUAAGCAUGGAGCUAUAAAAGGGAAGGCACUUCACAAACAGCUGAUCAGCGGAUUUCCUCUUUUUCUUUUUAGAACAGUGCUAUAGAAAAGUGAAAAACACUGUACAAAGGUUAAGUGUGAUCGGCCAUUUCCUCUUUUUACAAAGUUGCAAGUCUGACAUUAGCAUAAAAAGGUACAAAAGCAAAAAAAUACUGAAACAAUUUCAAAUUAAAUGUCAAUCAAAUCCUUCCGCCAACUCAAGUCAACAGUUUUAUGAACACAAAUAGAUACAGUUGAAUCCUGUGGGAUUUUUCUAAGUAAAAAAAAAAAAAGACCUCGGACAAAGCUUAACCAUAAUUAUAGGGGGGACAUAAUGUUAUGUGGACAGAGUUUUGUCAUUCAGGUUUUUAAACCGUUAAUAAUAUAAUAACAAGAAAGGAUUACCAGUGAAAUCUCAA